AUGGACAAAGCACCAACUCCAGGGGAACGCCCGGGGGGGCAGGCAGCUGCGGAGGGGGCAGCGCCUGCGAGAGAGCCGUACAGGAGCGCGGGGGCAGAGGAGGGGGGUGCAGGGACGCCAGUCAAGUUUGUGACGUACUCCGCGGCGGAGCCUGUUCCGUCGCAAAACCAGGCGAGACGCAUUUCACCCUCCCGUGCCCAAAUACUCGCGGCGCCGCUUUCGCCCGCCGAAAAGGCGAUGUUCGACAUGCCCAUUGAGAGGUGGAUGACCGUCGACCGCAGUGCCCUCGCUGGUUGGCGCUGCGCCGUGCCGCACCCUGUCACACUGGGCGACCUGCCGCCCGUGGAUCCGUCGCACCGCAUCCUGCGGCACAUCGCCCUCUACAAGGGAGCAGUGACAAACCUGCAGCUGGACGCCAUCGUGAACGCGGCGAGCACGCGCUGCCUUGGGGGUGGGGGCGUUGAUGGGGCGAUACAUGCGGCGGCUGGUCCGUUGCUCAGGCGCGAGUGUGCCACCUUUGAGGGCUGCAGGGUUGGGCAGUGCAGGCUCACGAAGGGCUACAUGCUCCCCGCCCGCUACGUGCUGCACACGGUGGGGCCCACGCUGGAAAAACCGGAGUGCUUGCGAAGCUGUUACCGCUCCGUCCUUUCGCUGGCGCACCAAAACCGACUGCGCACAGUCGGGUUCUGUUGCGUGGCCACUGGCGUCUACGGCUACCCGCUGCUUUCCGCCACUCGCAUCGCCGUGAACGAAACCGUGGAGUACCUGAAGAAACACACCGCCGCGUUUGACCUCUGCUGCUUUGCCUGCUUUAGGCCGGAGGAGUACACUGCAUACACCGACUGCUUACGCGAGUGCGUUGGUGCAACGCCAACCCCCCCUGUCGAUGCCUAA